UACCGGGGCGGUACCGGGUGCGAUGGCGCCGCCGGGCCCGGGCGCUCCGGGUGCGGUCGAGCCUGAGCCUGUCCUGCGUUCUGUCAACACGCGGGAGCUCUCUGAGGUCGUGUUCAACAACCACAGCCCCCGCUGCGUGCUGCCCGUCUGGCUGGAUUUCGAGGGCCGGCCGCGCCGCUACCCGGUGCUGCAGCCGCGCACGGGCCGCGUCAUGCGCAGCUACCGGGGGCACCUGUGGCUGUUCCGGGAUGCGGGGACCGAUGACGGGCUGCUCGUCAACCAGCAGGAGCUGUUCAUAGCGGCCCCCAAUGUGACCAAAGCUGACAUCACGCUGCCAGUGUUCACCCUGAAGGAGAGAUGUCUGCAGGUUGUGCGCAGUUUGGUCAGCCCGAUGGACUACAGGAAACUGGACAUUGUUCAGUCCUUGUAUGAAGAGCUGGAGGAUCAUCCUGAUAUUUGGAAGGAUCUUCAACGGCUUUCUCUGGAGAGGAAUGAAGUGCUGAGGAACCAAAUUCUGGAAUAACACCAUUACUCAUUUCAGACUCCUCAGUAGCAAACACUGACUUUGAGCAAUGAGAGUCACCAGGAAACACAGCAAGACCUGAUGCCUCCAUUUAAAGUCUUGGAACAUAAACUCUGUAACAUUGGUGGUAGUAAGUCAAGUCCCAAAGACUGAGCAGCACCUGGAGGCAUGCCAGGUUCUGAUGGUUCAGUUAAUUUCUUCAUUACAUGUAUUGUAAGCCAUAGGAAUAUAAGAUCGGGGAAGUUAUAUGGAAAAUAUUCAUACUCAGUAAUUUUCAUWGUAUUAGAAAGAAARUUACACCAAGGAUUCAUUUAGGCCAG